AUGAAUAUUAACAAUAAGAAAAUUAACAAUGAUGAAGAAUAUAUUGAAGUUGAUUUUACACCAAAUGUUGAUUAUAUUGAAACUGUUGUUUUAGAUUUAAAGAAAAAUAAUAUUAUUGAUGUUUGUACUUUGCAAGAGUAUGUCAGAUUAUUUAUUAAUUUAAUGAACUCAUUGAAAAAUCAAAAAAAAAGAGAAGUAAAAAGUUUUAGUGAUACAAGUAUUGUAAAAAAAACAAAAAAAAUUGGAAAAUUAUUAAAUUUUAGGGAUGAAUUGAUGUAUUUUGUUUCAAAUAAUAAUUCUCAAAAUGAGAAUAGAGAAAAAUUUUCAUCUUGGAAUGUAAUUAAAAAAAGAUUACUAAAAAAUGAAAUAAAAUUAAAUGAUAAUAAAUUAACACUCAAUAAAGCUCGAAAUAAUAAAGAAGUUUUUAAAAGUCAUUCAGCUAUAUUAAUACCACCAAAUGAUGUAUUGAGAAAGGAAAGAUUUAUGAAAUGUUGGCCUUCUGAUUACGAUAAAUUGUUGUUAUAUGUAAAAAAUGAAAUGAAUAUAUUAUUUGAAAUUAAUAAAGAUUAUAUAGAAGUUCUUAGAUUAAUGAAGAUUUUAAAAAGUAAAAAAGAAUUAUAUAAGAAAAAUGCCAAUAGUUAUAAAUUAUUAAUUCCUGUUUCUAUUAAAAAUGAAUAUUUUGGAACAGCAUAUAAAAAAUUACAACUAUUUUUUAUUUAUGAAAAAUUAGGUUUACCUCAGAAUACUAAUGAUAAUAUAAAAAAUUUUAUUAAAUAUGAUGAAUCUGUGGAAUAUGUAAAAUUUCAUUUAUUAAAACUUGAGUUAUUAUUUCAUCAAUAUGAGAUAAGACUUAUUCGUUUGUUUAUCAAGUUAAAUGUUAUGCACAAAGAGUUACUUGAAAUAAAAAUUAAAAAAAAUACUAAUUAA